AUGGCUUCCCUCUUGCUGGUCUCAACAACGGAAAAAUCCCAUGCAUCAUCACCUGGCAAGUCUCAUGCACAUUCUCAAUCGAGUGCUGCUCCAUCUAAGGCUUCACCUUCCCCUUCUCCAUCGAGCGCUCCACCAAAGGCUGGUCCUACUGCGCCCGAAGCUGACUCUCCGCCUUCUCCUCCCUCAUUUUCCCUUGUUAGCUCUGCUGAGAUUUCUCCCUCUUUGAGUUCUGGUUCGUCUUCUGAGGCCCCUACAUCCGCUCCUAACUUGGCAGUUUCGAAAAAGUUCGCAUGGCCGGUGGGAUUUACGCUGCAAACUUGGUUAAAUAAGCACUUUGGGGGUGGAGAAAGGAUCCACUAG